AAUAUUUAUGAAAAUUACCUUUAGCAUGGAUAUUGCAAGCAACGCUAACGAAUUAAUCAACAAUAAAGACACUAAAAAAGCCUUCACUGUUUUUGUAUGAACUUGGCUUUCCCGGAUCGAAUAAUCGAAUGCAGUUGCAAACAAACAGAAGAUGAUAGUGUUAAGGUGAUGAGUUGUCAAGUAGAAAAAAAUAUCAAUUUUUGGCUAUUAAUACAAAUUAUUUUAUAAUAAAACUAAGAGUUAUAUGUUAAAUUGUAAAAUUUAUUAUUUAUUGAGAUCUUAAAAGAAUUUUAAAUGUAACGAAAUUACGCAGAUAAAUUAUUUCUCAUGGUAUCAUUUAGGUUAUAAUGCUACGUAUAAAAAAAAAUAUUUGGUCAUUGGUAUAUAUAUAAAUUCGUAAUAAAGUAAAAUUGUCAACACUAUUGUCUUAUAUUUUAAUCGCUGGUAUGGCUCGCCCAUCAAUUUCGGCACAGUGUGAUUCUGUUGCUUCGUACAUGGAUGGAGUUCAUGUUAAAAUCGUGGAAGCGUACAAGCCACCACGAAAAGUUGCUUUGCCAGCAGUGUACAGUAAUAAAUUACCAGAUAUAUCGAAAUUAGUAUAUAAUUUCAGCUUAGAAAAAUCCGUCCUUGAAAAGAUGGCAGAAUGGCGUAAAGCUAGAGAAGCAAAUAUCAAAGCACGUACAGCUCGAUUAGAAGAAAAAAAGAAAAGAGAAAAGGAGGAAUCUCCGCCACCACCUCCACCUCUUCCAACAGAAGCAAUAAAACAGCCACCAGUCAAAGUUAUUCCACCGCCAGAAACAACUAUACUUACUCCACAACCUUUGUCUCCGCCAGCAAAUGAUUUACAAAAUCAUGUACAAUCUAAUGGACUUAACUAUGCAGAUUUUGAUAAUGACACAAGCAGUCCUUUCGAUAAUAUGGAAUUAAAAACUAUUAACGAUAUGGAAGAACUUGCACAGGUAUUGCAACCUACAUCACAAUGGAUACCAUCUACCAAAUUAGAAAAUAUAAUAAACGAAUUAACUAUCGAAGAAGAAUCUGUGGUUUGUGAGGAAGAAAAAGAAGAAAAUAUAAAUAUUAAUGUGCAUGGCGAUGAAGACGCUGACCAAAAUAUUAAUGUUAAGCCUCGCAGUGUGUCAACAAUUGUACAAGAACUUCAAAGGGAAUUGGAACGGCCUUCGAUGGAGAACUGGAAACCUUGGCCUGAUUUGGAGAGUCCAGAUACUGAUUCGUACAGCAAACACAAACACGAACAUUUAUUAGUGUCGAAUAGUUCAAAUCAUACAAAUCCUCUUUCGAAUUUAAAAGGAGAAGAUCUGAAACUAGCUCAACAUCUAAGUGAUAUGGGAUUUCCUUUAUCACGAGCAGCACGUGCUAUAUGUGAUCUCGGUGGUGAAGACAAUAAAAAGGUUGUAGAAUAUCUUCUAGCUAUUCAGUCUUUAGAAGAGACUGGUAUGUCUGGAGAGGAUGCAGAGAAAGCACUUACAUUAACACAUUAUGAUCCAAAUAAAGCAAGAAUAUAUUAUAAAAAUUUAUGCACAUUAAAGGAUUUAGGAUUUCCGGAAGAUCAGGCGUCUAUGGCAUUAUUGAAGUGCGAUAUUGAUAGAGAUAGAGCAUUAGACUUUCUUAUUUCUUAACUUUUAAUAGUUAGAUAUGUGGUUUUGUGAACAACUUCUGACGUUGCGGAACUUCUACUCUUAAUAUCAUAGGUAAGCUUGUUUUGUUAAUUUUAAGGAAAUUCGGUUUAUUUUUCACUUAUGUACAAACAUUUGUUUUUAAUGUUUGAUGAUACGUAUUAUGUUGCAAUUAAGGAAAAAUGAGCAUUGAGACUGACAA